CUCCGGUUCAAUAGCUUAUCAUGGCACGCAUCAACGAUCUAAAUCAAAUUGAGAAGCAACUACCGCAGGUAGAAAGUAGGCCAGGGCGGCAGAAUGAUAUACACACCCGAGCCAACAACCGAGAAACGCCCCUGUUGAAUCCUGACUUCAAAGUCACAUUCGGAAAGGAUGAUCCUGACGACCCACGCAACUUUGGCAACUGGCACAAGGUCUAUAUCACCUGCCAGCUGAGCAUGCUCACCUUUGUUGCGGCAUUGGGCUCAUCUAUCUUGUCCCCGGGACAAUCAGAUGUAGCGGAGUAUACCAACAUUAGCUCCGAGGUUGCGGUGCUCGCGACUUCAAUGUAUAUCCUUGGCUGGGCGGUCGGUCCAACGUUAUGGGGCCCAAUAAGCGAGGUUUAUGGCCGCAAAUGGGGGAUGCUUCCAGCUCUCUUUUGCUUAGGCUUGUUCAGUAUCGGAACGGCAGUAAGCCAGAACGCCGCCAGCAUCUUCAUUACCAGGUUCAUUGGUGGGAUCUUUGGCUCUGCACCAAUUAGCAAUGCCAAUGCAGCGUUAAGCGACAUUUACGCACCGAAAGAGCGAGGCAUAGCCGUGGCAUUCAUGAUGCUGUGUAUCACAGGAGGGCCAUCUGUUGGACCUCUCAUUGGCUCUGCAGUGGUUUCAAAUUCGAAGCUUGGGUGGCGUUGGACCAUGUAUAUCGAAGCUAUCUGUUGUUUUGCCUUAUUUGCCCUUGCUACCUUGACCCUGUCAGAAACAUAUUCUCCUGUCUUGUUGAAAAAUAGGGCACAGAAUAUGCGCAAGACGACAGGAGAAGAGCGAUACUGGCAUCCUCACGAACAUGAGAGCAUCAGCCUCAAAAAUGCAGUUACGAAACAUUUCCUUCGUCCGAUACGCAUGUUGACAACCGAAAGCAUCCUGGCCUGUGUCGCAGCGUACGUAUCUUUCUCGUAUGGUUUAAUCUAUCUAUGUCUCCAGGUAUACCCGAUUGUAUUUGAAGAAGUACGUGGAUACAGUCCAGUGAUUGCUUCCUUGCCAUUCCUCGGGAUCCUUGUCGGCACAGCUUGUGCUGUCGGAAUCACCUUUGCGUAUCGAACACGGUAUGCCAAAGCGGUUAUGGAUAACGGUGGAAAGGCUGUUCCUGAAGCACGACUUCCCCCACUGGUGCUCGGGGUAAUUUUUCUUCCAACAGGACUAUUCUGGCUUGGAUGGACCGCAGCACCAAAUUUUUCGUGGGUACUGCCCACGGUUGGAGGAGUGUUCGUCGGCGCCGGAAACAACAUCAUCUUCCAGCAAUGUAUUAACUAUUUGAUCGACACGUACGGGCCGUAUGCCGCGAGUGCAGUUUCAGCGAACACCAUGCUGAGAUCCUUCGUGGCCGCGGGGUUGCCAUUGGCGGCGAAGCCAAUGUUCCACAAUCUGGGCGUGGGGCCUGCUGCUAGUUUAAUGGGAGGCAUCGCCUGCCUUGCAUUUCCCAUACCAUUCGUUUUCAUGAAGUAUGGACGCACCCUGCGCGAAAAGUCAAAAUUCGCACCAGCCAGUUCGGACUAGUUCUCUUACAUUCUGUCACUGGCGAACAUAGCAAUAUCCCCGCCACCCUGCGUCGGUGAUGAAGUGACGUCCGACGUCUGACUGAAUAGACGCCAUCGAUGUACCACAUAUAUAAACACAACACUUAGUGUCAUGAUAUUAGAUCAUGCUUACUCACAGACAUAAUAUAAC